CAGAACUGGAGAAACAUGGGCGUAUGAAUGAUCUCCUCUCCCGGAUGGAGCCCGGCCCGCCUCGGGGUAGCUUUGCGUGCUCUCCGGGUGGGGAGGGGCAUGGGCCACCCUUGGAUUCCGGCGCCCGGAAUCCCGCGCUGGCGGGGAUCAAUAGGUCCCUAUCAGCAGCAAGUGGGAACUUGAUAUCGCAGACCGGAGAGAAUGUGGAUCGCCAGUCCUGGGUCAGAGAGAAAGUGCUCUUUCUUCUGCACCCACAGAGGUGUUUGGGAACACAAGCGGACCCUGCUUGUGGAGGGCUGGUGGAUAGCGAGGACCUUCCCCGAUCGUUUGGAGACCACCGCUAUUCCGAACCGAAUCCGAAGCCUUCCCGCAGGCGCAUUGCCACGGCCCCCCAAGGCCAGCCCCGGGACCCCGAAGCCACACCCAGGUCGGUGUUGGUGCGGGUUGUGGAUUACCAGGUGACGCAGGAGGUGCUGUGGACCGCAUGGACCAAGGGGAGUACGACCACAAGGACCGAGGAGCGCUCUGUGACCGCAGUCACCUUUCGGACUCAGAGGGAGUGACACAGCUCAUGGGGCACCGAAGCCCCAGCCAAACCCAGAUCGCUCCAAAGACCUAAUGCUCGAAGGAAAUUAAACACACAGAUCUCUGGAGCCUGAGAAAGGUUCCAGGACAUUGGAUGCGGGAAAAUGCUUGAAGAACAAAUUUUAAGCAGCCUGAGAUGUCCUCUGUGGCUUAUGUGUCUCACGGUAGUUAAAGAGAAGAAAAGGUGUCUUUUACACUGGUGGUGAAGAACAUUUUCCUUUCCUGUUUCGGAAGAGCAUCUGAACUUGUCCUCAGUACCAAGGAAUCUCUCCAACAGCUGGGUCUUGACUCUAGGACUUAACCUCCACUUAAAACAACUUCAUCUAAAAUUGUGUCUGUUAGAUAAAUUAUAUUAAAGACUCCCCAUCUGGGCACAUUAUGACUGGGACAAAUGUCCAAGUCACAUAACUACCAAGGAUCAGGCAAGUGUUUACCUCCUUUUUAUUAGUAUGUGUUUUUUUUUAUUGUUUGAGGCAAUGGCUCACUAUAUACCCCAGGCUGACUUGGACUUGCCAUUUAACCUGUGACAAACUGACCUUGAGAUCUUUCUAUGUCAACCUCCCACAUAUUGAGAUGACAAUAUGUGCCGGAAUGCCUGGCCGACACCUCUCUUUAAUCCCUUUAGUCACACCUGUUAUUACCUGUGAUGCUGGAUACAUUGGACCUGCUGAUAUAUUGAGGGGCUAUACCAGCUGUUUCUAUUAAAACUCACUGUGAUUC